AAGCUUACAGAAAUAUAUUGGAUUAUAAUGAGAAAUUUUUAGCAAUGAUUAGUGAAUACGACAAGAUAAAAAGUAUAAUAAUUUAUCAACAAAAAUUAAAUUGUUUGUGUGUUCUUUAUACUCUUUUUAAGCCACCCUGUGUAAGGUGAUUCGCUCGGUGUGCUACGUCAGUUCGGGGGUGUUAGUUAGGGUUAUUAUUUCUAGCCGCACGUCUGACGGCAGUCUGUCAGUUAUCGCAAGUCAAUGAAAGUACAAACAACACUGUAUUCUUCGUAAACAUUUGUAAUAUUUGACACGAAUCGUUAAAUAUUCGGAAUUUAAGCUAAUAUAAACACAUAUUUAAAUCAUCUGCAUCUUGAAGAUUACGGAGUUUCGCGUUUGAAUUGUCAUGUAGAGAUAUUAUAAAGAUUGACAUUUAUUGUUAAAGAAUUAUCCAGAGAAAUUGUGAACGCACUUUUCUUGCAUUCUAUCACUCAAUGGACAAAAUGCGAAAAUGUGAGAGUAUAUACUGCAGCGAGCAACUCGACACGUUUUUGUGGAAGUCAUACCUAUUGAAGAACAAUCACUUGGUGGAAACGAAUUACGUUUUAUGGACUGUGGAGCUGCGUCAGGCUAUGGAUCAUAAAUCUUAUGUAUGAAAAAGAAUAUUGUAUAAAUAUUUUCCGACCUGAAGGAAAGUUUUAGCAAACUCAAUGCAUUAUUAUUGUUGACAUAAGACAAGAUACAAUAAUGUCCAUUAAUAGCGAUCUGUUCGCGUACAUUUAUUGAUGAUUUGUAAAACGGUGACCUGCAAUACGUAGGCUUAAAUAUAAAUUUUAUAUAAGAAUACGAAAUUAUUAAAGUAAAUUAAAUUAAAGCGCUAUAUACAAUCGAGAAAUGACAGAAUCCGCGUCCGACGUACCAGAAGAAAAUGAAGCUGCGAACACGACACCCAUCAGCGAGAAGCGACAUUGUAAGGAAAUGCGCAAGGACAAGUUACCUCCUUAUCUUCGAGAUAAAGAAAGAAUACUUUAUCCACGUAACACGAGAACUCUGCCAAAAAUACCCGUAGUUGGUGGGCAACCUAUCGAAGAAGAAACAUGCAUGGCUCUGAGAACGUUGGUCUUUGGUUCCUGCGCAAGUCCACCUAAAAUCGAAUGGACAAGAACCGGGUUAACUUUACGACCGUAUGGCCAGAGUUUGGCGUUCGGAUUAAGAACUCCCAGGAAUACAACAAGAGGUCUUGUCACCGCGGUGCAAGCUAUCAUGCUAAAACACUUUUUGUUCAAAUGCAACAGACAAGAUUUACGCGUCGAACCCGAAACUUUAUUGAAACCCUCAUACGAUCGACAGAUCGAAGUAUUGACUUCCGCGAUAUCGGAAAUUAUUUGGCGUUGCGCCGGUGGCUUCUCCGGCUCCAUGUGCACAAAUGUUGUCAGUAACACCGUGCCAAAGGCCGUGGUGGCUCUACCACAGGAUACACCUUAUCUUCAACAUAGUGUACAAUAUUUUCAAGACGGAUUAACAGAAACGCUGCAUCUCUUCGAAUUCAAUUCAUUGGAGGAUCUUGAGAUAUUUAUUAAAAGAUAUUUAUAUCUGUUUCAUGACGAAGGCGGACCUGGUGCAAAAUUACUUUUAUACAGCGCAGUACUUUCAAGAGGCCUCUCAAAAGUUCAGAAUGAUUUGGAAGAUCCAAAGGCGUCGAUUCUUGGUGGAUGUUCAGAGGAAGGCCCAAUCAGCAUCGUCGUCCUUAUUUUAACUGGUCGUGUUUCACCGCAUCUUCAUAAUGGAGUAGUUCACGUUGGCGAUGAAAAUACAUAUGCUGUACCACAAUGGGGCGUUCUUACAAGAAGCGAAGUGGGAUUUUUAAUACAUGAAGGCGAUGUAAGCAAACAGCCAGGUUCUCGUUUGAAGACACCCAGUUUACCGAUAUGGGUGACUCUUUGCCUCGGUCAUCACGGCGUGCUCUUCAAUACAAAUCGAGAAUUAUUGAGAAAUUAUCACGCAGAACGACGUUUCGAGGUCCAAUAUUUUACCUGCGGUGGCAGUCACGCUACGUUGACGGUAGAUACCAGGGCAAACCAAACUUCCGGGCUAUCAGAUGCUGCAACAAUGGAAGCCGCAGAUAUCGCCGCAACGCCGUUGGAGAAACUCAUUCGAUCCAAGUGGCAGGAUGCCCUUAUACAAUGGAACGGAACACCAGUGAUGUGAAGAAUUCGAAAAAAAUGUGUGUUAAAUUCUUUCAUGUUAAGCCAUGUAAUCCGUGAUUCCACACGAUGCUAAUCGAUUGUUGCGCCCGCUUAAUCUCAAGCAAAAACUUAUCGUUAACAAUAUUCAAGUAGAUAUUAUAUUAUUUGUGUCGCAAUGUUAGGCACUAUAAUUUUACACAUGUGAUAAGAUUAAUCUUUGGCGCUUUCUUAGAUAGUGCAGUAGAUAUUUGUAUGCUAAUCCCGAAAAACUUUGUUAUUUUAUAAAAUAUAUUAAUUAUCAAUAAAUAACUGUUAACAUAACAUCGGAGUAUCAUCUCAGUUAUUGAGUUAACAAUGUUAAAAGAUUAUCAUUGCAGAGUGAUUGGGUAUUUUGACAACUUCUUUUAAUGUCGAAUGUAAAGCGGCCAAAUCCAUCAAUAGUCAAAUUCGUUCUCGGCAUAUUGCUUUGUUAUCGAUAAA